AUGGGCAGCUCCUGGAACGGCAGCGACGCCCCCGAGGGCGCGCGGGAGUCGCCGUGGGCCGCGCUGCCGCCGUGCGACGAGCGCCGCUGCUCGCCCUUUCCCCUGGGGGCGCUGGUGCCGGUGACCGCCGUGUGCCUGGGCCUGUUCGCCGUCGGGGUGAGCGGCAACGUGGUGACCGUGCUGCUGAUCGGACGCUACCGGGACAUGCGGACCACCACCAACUUGUACCUGGGCAGCAUGGCCGUGUCCGACCUGCUCAUCCUGCUCGGGCUCCCCUUCGACCUGUACCGCCUCUGGCGCUCGCGGCCCUGGGUGUUCGGGCCGCUGCUCUGCCGCCUGUCGCUCUACGUGGGCGAGGGCUGCACCUACGCCACGCUGCUGCACAUGACGGCGCUCAGCGUCGAGCGCUACCUGGCCAUCUGUCGCCCGCUGCGCGCCCGCGUCCUCGUCACCCGGCGCCGCGUCCGCGCGCUCAUCGCGGCGCUCUGGGUCGUGGCGCUGCUCUCCGCCGGGCCCUUCUUCUUUCUUGUGGGCGUCGAGCAGGACCCCGGCGUCUACUUGCUCUCGGACCUUAAUGGCACCGCGCGGGUCACGCCCUCGGCCCCCGCCUCGCCGCCGCCCCUCUGGCCUUCGGGGCCGCCCUCGCUGUCGCCCUCCCUGUCCCCCUCGCUGUCCCCGCCGUCGGGGCCCGAGGCUGCGGCGGCCGCGGCGCUGUUCAGCCGCGAGUGCCGGCCGAGCAGCGCGCAGCUGGGUGCGCUGCGCGUCAUGCUGUGGGUCACCACCGCCUACUUCUUCCUGCCCUUCCUGUGCCUCAGCGUCCUCUACGGGCUCAUCGGGCGCGAGCUGUGGAGGAGCCGCGGGCCGCUGCGAGGCCCGGCCGUGUCGGGGCGGGAGCUGGGCCACCGGCAGACCGUCCGCGUCCUGCUGGUCGUGGUUCUGGCGUUUAUAGUGUGCUGGUUGCCUUUCCACGUUGGCAGGAUUAUUUACAUCAACACGGAAGAUUCCCGGAUGAUGCACUUCUCGCAGUACUUUAACAUCGUUGCCCUGCAACUGUUCUAUCUGAGCGCAUCCAUCAAUCCCAUCCUCUACAACCUCAUUUCUAAGAAGUAUAGGGCGGCGGCCUGGAAACUGCUGCUGUCGAGACAGUCCAGGCAGAGAGGUUUGUGCAGAAGCAGGGACACUGCGGGGGACGCUGCAGGGAAUGCUGUGGGGGACACAGGGGGCGACACAGCGGGCUACACCGAGACCAGCGCUAACGUAAAGACGACGGCGUAACCAGCACCUUCUCCCACAGUUCUGGGACUUCAGGGAAAACAGGUGUGUAGGGAAGUAAAGAUUGAAAGGGAGGAAUGGAUGCUGUUAAGAAGAAUGGAAAGAGGGGUUGCAUUUGUGCGAGUUGGUUAAGAAAUUGUCAGCAUGACUUUUUUUUUUUAAACCAAAGUAUGGAAUGUCACUGUACCACCCUUUCCAGUUUCCCUUUCAUGUACCUCCUAAGGGACAUUCAUUUUAGCAUCAUGAGAUCCCAGGUCACAAAAUGUGCUCUGGGGAGCUUUUGGAAGUCUUUGUCGUCCUACUCUUUGGAAAUACGAUUGUUCGUUUUACAGCUGACACAGAGAGAUGCUACCCGAAAACUGUGGUCUCUGAAAUGAGGGGUGUUUGGGGUGAUAUACCUACAGUGAUGCAUAUGCAAGGAGCCGGGAUAGUCAGAGUGUUCAUCCAAGAAAUUAUUUAAUGCCUAUGACUGCAAAAACUUGUAGAAGUAAGCAAAAGGAAAUCCAGGUAGGCACCAAUGUUCAAGGGUCCCCGCCCCUCUCCAGGCUCAGAGGAAAUGACAAAGUUUAGGGGCAAUACCCUCUUUCAGAAGUACUGUGCGUGCACAACUGUCACGACCGCUUCUCCCUGAGAAUGCCCAGGGGGCUGUCACAGGGCCCUGGGCCACCAGGUAGCAAACCUUGGGCAUUGGAGCGGAAGGUCAGAGGGCUGCAGCACUACUGGGCUUUGCCAGGUGACUACUAAUGACAUUUGUAAAGAGCUUUACUAUGCUUUAUCUUGCCUCAGCUCUGUGGGAUGAGUUUUGCCAUCAUCAUUCCUGUUUUACUCGUGAUGGAACUGAGUCUCACAUUUCCCAAACAGGAACUGGUGGGCCUGAAUCUGACUCCCGUGAUGGGAUCUUCACUCACUGCCAUGCCGAGAUGUUGCUCUUGCUGAGAAACACAAGAGUCAAUGGAUUUAGUCAGGGUGAGAGAGAACAUUGAUCAACUACUCUGAAACUUUGUGUUGUCUUUUACAGUUUAAAACAUAAACUUGUUUUCAGAAAGCAGCUCCAACCGGCCUUCUGUGUGACUGGCGCCCCCUGGAGAUGUGCAGGGUACAACUUGCUCAGUCGGACAGGGGACCCUUACUGGGGUUCUCAGAUUGAUAAAGUUCAAACCUAAAUUCCAGUAGAUUGUUGAUAUUUAUGAGGAAUUUGUCAUGAAAUCUUCAAGUGCACAAAUACCAGAAAAGCGACAAAUGCAACUUCAUCAGAGUUGCAAUGACAAAUAGAAGUAAGGUCACAAGGAGACUUAGAAGCUGGAGUCAGCCCAGUUUAUUCAGUGACUCUCAUUGCCUGGCAGCUCCCAGUUUGGGCGGCCUCGGUGAAUAUCUAAAUUACUUCAUGCCACGGACCACUGUUUCUUUUGGAUAGUUAAAUCUACAAGUGACAAGUACAUAAACAACAAGGAUCUGCUCAACAUGCUGACAAUAUGGCUUUUUCAUUUUAUUAGCCAAAUCCCUGGCUAACUCCCUGGCCCCGUCCUCAACCUGUGCGAGAGUGAAGUCUCUCAUCUGCCUUUUCUCCCAGCGAGUGGAAGAAGCAGGUCACAAUCACUUGGGGAAGCAGUCCCUACACUGUGUUCUACAUAUUGUUCUACAUAUUGGGGAUUAUUUGAAAAAAGAAAUGGUUCUGUGGUCAAAUAUGGUAGGAAAACAAAACAAUGUGUAACCCCUUCCCCGGCCCCUGAGUCACAACACAACCUGUCAGAGGCUCUGAGAAGGUGUUGUUCUACCCAGCAUUUCCUUAUUUUAUCACAGAAGCAGCUCCCUAUCCUCCCUCCCCAAGAACGCUUACUAAAACCUAAUGGAGUGAGGAACACUUUGGGGACAGUGACGUAGGGAUUCUGACAGCGGAGCUGCCAGCCUCGUGCCUCUGCUCAUCUCUGCUUGGUAGCUCGAGAUCUAGCUGCUGCCACAGCCUUACCGCUCACAGGAGUCCCUCUCUGGCCACCUCUGCAGGGCAGGUCAUAGUAAGGAACCUUACUAAGAAGUGUUUAAUAUUUAGAUAUGGAAGCAAAGAUCUCUCCUUUGAGCUUUUUUGUUCAGAUUCUAGAAAACGGAUUUACAUCACACCUUCCUGGGACCUCCACGUGUUUCCAGGUGUGGGAGUGGGGAGUCACCCUGCCCUUUGCCACAGGGUCUCUGAGACCGAGAGUCUGAGGACCACCCCUUCCUGCGGGAUCCCCGUGCCAUCUCAGCUCAUUCGUGGACUGUGAAAUCAGCAUAGUGUGUCACAGUUUUCUUUAAUGGGACACAGAGUGGACAAGAAUAGAAUAGAAACCAUCAGUGCAUCCCAUGUAGUAAGGUAACUACUGUGCUGUGAAACUUUUGUUUCCAUUAUGUUUUUGGUUGGUGU